CAGAGAGCCGCCCUGUGAACCCUUAAGACCCGGAGUCUCAAAAACCCUUGAGAAACCCUAGCUGCGAGAAUCUUCCGAGAUGAAACGGCCGAAGUCCAGGCAAUCCAUUCGCGGCCAAAAACGGCUCUCGGAGCUCCAGGAAAUCGAAUUGCUGGAAUCAUGGAUUGAAUUCGGCAAGCCCCAAUCCGGUUCUAAUCCCUUGGCGGUCCGUCCGUUGGCGCCCGACGCUCCGAUUGGCCGAAUCGACGGCAACACCUUUUCUCUCUACGCUGGUUGCAAGAAAUUCGAUCAGUUGCCUCUGUCUCAGAAGACGAAAGAUGGGCUGCGAGAUGCGAAAUACACCAAAAUGACCGAAAUUCAGAGGGCUUCGUUGCCCCAAGCGCUCUGCGGUCGUGACAUACUUGGGGCCGCGAAAACUGGCUCCGGAAAGACUCUGGCCUUCAUCGUUCCGGUUCUGGAGAAGUUAUACAGAGCUAGAUGGGGCCCAGAGGAUGGGGUUGGCAGCAUUAUAAUAUCUCCCACACGGGAGUUAGCUAGUCAGCUUUUUGAAGUGCUGAAGUCUGUUGGGAAGCACCACGCUUUUAGUGCUGCCCUCCUAAUUGGUGGCCGCAAAGAUGUUGAUACUGAGAAAGAACAUGUAAAUGGGAUGAACAUCCUGGUCUGCACUCCUGGAAGACUUCUUCAACACAUGGAUGAAACUCCAAACUUUGAUUGUUCUCAGCUUCAGGUUUUUGUCCUUGAUGAGGCAGAUCGUAUUCUUGAUGUGGGAUUUAAGAAGGCACUUAAUGCAAUAAUUUCACAGCUACCAAAACUUAGGCAAACCUUGCUUUUCUCAGCCACUCAAACAAAGUCAGUUCAGGAUCUUGCAAGACUCAGUUUGAAGGAUCCAGAGUAUGUUAGUGUGCAUGAAGAGUCUGUAACUGCCACACCAAAUCGUUUGCAUCAGACGGCAAUGAUUGUUCCACUUGAUCAGAAGUUAGACAUGCUGUGGAGCUUUAUAAAAGCACAUCUUAACUCAAAGAUACUUGUAUUCCUUUCAAGCUGCAAACAGGUUAAAUUUGUUUUUGAAGCAUUCAAGAAGCUUCGUCCUGGAAUCCCCUUAAAAUGUCUUCAUGGAAGGAUGAAGCAGGACAGAAGGAUGGGAAUCUACUCUCAGUUUUGUGAGCAACGUUCUGUUCUCUUCUCAACUGAUGUUGCAUCCAGAGGCCUUGAUUUUAACAAGGCAGUUGAUUGGGUUGUCCAGGUGGAUUGUCCAGAAGAUGUUGCGGGUUACAUACACAGGGUUGGGCGUACUGCUCGCUAUCUUAGUGGUGGGAAAUCAGUUCUAUUCUUGUUGCCGUCGGAAAUGAAAAUGCUUGAAAAAUUGCAAGAGAAGAAGAUACCAAUUCAGUUUAUCAAGGCAAACACAAAAAGGCUGCUACCAGUUUCUGGAUCGUUGACAGCUUUAUUAGCCAAGAGUGAAGAUCUGCAGAAACUUGCUCAUAGGGCCUUCAUCACAUAUUUGAGGUCUAUCUAUAUACAGCAAGACAAGGAGGUUUUUGAUGUCAUGAAAUUGCCUGUCGAAGAAUUCUCAGCAUCUUUGGGAUUGCCAAUGACUCCAAGAAUACGUUUUUUGAAACAGAAAAAUAAGGGGAAGAAAGUGUUGGGAGAUUUAUCUCUUCAAGAAGAAAAUUUUGACAAAGAGAAUUUGUUAGAACUUCCAAGAAAAAAUCUAGUGACCAGUAAUCUUGAAGAUGAUGGUGGGGAUGAACUUCUAUUAUCUAAAGAGGCUCCACUUGAAGGGCAAGGAAAAGAAACCAACAUUGGAGAUGUUGCGCCGGCAACACGGGUUUUGAAGAAAAAGAGACUGAAAAUUAAUGUGCACAGACCAAUGGGAACGAAAGUUCUCUUCGAUGAUGAAGGCAACACGCCUUCCCCCCUUGCAACAUUAGCGAACAACAUCGAGGGUAGUGAUGACUUGAUUAAACAUGACAAGGUUUAUGAAAGAUACGCUGCAUUAAGAGAAGAGAUGUCGCAGCAACUGAAGGAAGACAAGCUUCGGGACCGACAACGUCGCAAGGAGAAACGCAUGAAGGAAAAAAUGAAGAGGAAAAGGGGACAGAAGGAAGGGGAUGAGGAGGAGGAAGAUGUUGGUAGUUCAGACGAGGAAGGAGCAGGCAGGAAGCAGCUGGGCAAAAGGUCGAAGAUAUACUUCGAUGGCGAUAGCGACAGCGAUGAUGAUACAGAGAGAAAGAGAGAUAAUAAAACUGCUGGUAUCAAAGCCGAUUCCAUUUCCUUGGCAGAGCAAGAGGAACUGGCUCUCAAGCUGUUGAGCUCCAUGCACUCAUAAAUUACAGUGGUUUUGGCAAGCAAGUGAUAAAAGUAAAGUUGAAAGUAGGUUUUUGGCAAAGUUUAGACACAGUUGCUUUAAAAAUCCAAUCUUCUGGUCUGGUCUGGUUUGGCUGGUUUAUAUAUAUAUACACGAGCUUGUAAAUUUGUCUUCCCCCCAUAAUGCCCGAGGAUGGAAGACAAAUGCUGGUUGGGGGCUGUUAACAGUAUGAGGUUUCAGUUUUCUUUCAAAUUUUCAAUUCUUAGAUUGAUUUUUCUCUAUUUGUUUUUCUUUUUUUUUUUUUAGUCAUUUUCCGGCAACUCUCAAUAUGAAAAAAAUUAAUCUAAGGGAAGGAAUCAGCUAAAUUUGCUUCUCA